AGCCUGCCCGCCGCCGAGCUCCGGCCCUGACAGCGCCCCGCUCGGAUCCGGAGCCACUCCGGAGCGGCUCCGGAGCGGCCCCUGCCCCGCCGCCCCCCUGCCCCCGCCGCCGCCUCCCCGGCCGGGGCUGGGCUGCCCUGCUUUUGGAGUCGCCGCCGUUUCCCCUCCCUUCCCCGGAACCCCCCCUCCCUCGCUCCCUCCCUCCUUCCCUCCCUCCCUCCUCCUCCUCCUCCUCCUCCUCCUCCUCCUCCAGCAACCGAAGGGAUUUUUUUUUCCCCUUUCUUUUCUCUCUCUCUCUUUUUUUUUUUUUUUUGCGUUUUUUUUUUUUUUUCCCUCCUCCUCCUCUUCCUCCCCGCCGCGGAGCUGGAAGCCGGCGUGAAGGAUAAAUAACAAUAAAAAAAAAAAAAAAAAAGGCAGCGCAAAGAGGAAGAGGCUGGGGAGGAGGAGGAGUGGGGGGGGGGAAGGCACGAAGAAGAAGAAAGCGAGCAAGAAGAGAAAGCGAGGAGCCGAGCCCCGGCGGCAGGGAAGGAGGCGGCGGGGCCGGAGAUGGACGAGCAGCCGCGGCUGAUGCACACGCACGGCGGGGUGGGGAUGCCGGGGCACCCGGGCCUGUCCCAGCACAUGCAGGAUGGACCAGGCGGGGCGGAGGGGGAGGCAGGCAGGAAGCAGGACAUCGGAGACAUCUUACAGCAGAUCAUGACCAUCACGGACCAGAGUUUGGACGAAGCGCAGGCCAGGAAACAUGCUUUAAACUGCCACAGGAUGAAGCCAGCCCUUUUUAAUGUCUUGUGUGAAAUCAAAGAGAAGACAGUGCUGAGCAUCCGGGGAGCGCAGGAAGAGGAGCCCACAGACCCCCAGCUGAUGCGGUUAGACAACAUGCUGCUGGCCGAGGGGGUGGCGGGCCCCGAAAAAGGAGGAGGCUCAGCCGCUGCUGCCGCCGCCGCCGCAGCAUCAGGAGGAGCCGGCUCUGACAACUCGGUGGAGCACUCUGAUUACAGAGCCAAACUCUCCCAGAUCCGGCAGAUCUACCACACGGAGCUGGAGAAGUACGAGCAGGCAUGCAACGAGUUCACCACCCACGUGAUGAACCUGUUGCGCGAGCAGAGCCGGACCCGACCCAUCUCGCCGAAGGAGAUCGAGCGGAUGGUGAGCAUCAUCCACCGCAAGUUCAGCUCCAUCCAGAUGCAGUUGAAGCAAAGCACGUGUGAAGCCGUCAUGAUCUUGCGCUCCCGAUUUCUGGACGCACGGCGGAAGAGACGAAACUUCAACAAGCAGGCUACAGAAAUCCUGAAUGAGUAUUUCUAUUCCCAUCUCAGCAACCCUUACCCCAGUGAGGAAGCCAAAGAAGAGCUAGCCAAGAAAUGCGGCAUCACAGUCUCACAGGUAUCAAACUGGUUUGGAAAUAAGAGAAUCCGGUACAAGAAGAACAUAGGUAAAUUUCAAGAGGAAGCCAAUAUUUAUGCUGCCAAAACGGCUGUCACGGCUACCAAUGUGUCAGCCCAUGGAAGCCAGGCUAACUCACCCUCAACUCCCAAUUCAGCUGGUUCUUCCAGUUCUUUUAACAUGUCAAACUCUGGAGAUUUGUUCAUGAGCGUGCAGUCUCUCAAUGGGGAUUCUUACCAAGGGGCCCAGGUUGGAGCCAACGUGCAGUCACAGGUGGAUACCCUUCGCCAUGUUAUCAGCCAGACAGGAGGAUACAGUGACGGACUCGCAGCAAGUCAGAUGUAUAGUCCGCAGGGCAUCAGUGCUAAUGGAGGUUGGCAAGACGCUACUACCCCGUCGUCGGUGACCUCCCCCACAGAAGGCCCUGGCAGCGUUCACUCUGAUACCUCCAACUGAUCUCCCAGCAAAUUGCAUCCCUGGCUGAGCCGGCCCCGGCGGGGGCGGGAGGGGAGGGGGCCUCUCCUAACACCGCAGCAGUCAGACUGGAGGUGAAACCAAUCAGCACACACAAGAAGACUCCUUCUCUUCUCUUCUCUUCGUCGGGAUGCUUUUUUCAGCCAAUCUGGACACUUCUUUAUACUCUCUUCCCUUUCUUUUCUGGGUAGAAGCCGCUCUCCCCCCGCCCCUUGCCACCGCCACAA